AUGGGCCGACGGCGACGCAGGGCGCCUACCCUCUCGUGGGAGGAACGCGUGGCGCAAGCUCUCCACAUCGUCCGGUUGCACCAGAUCACCGAGCUCGACCCCGCGCAGGGUUGCCCCGUCCUGACCCGCUUCUACAUCUACGGCUACAACCUGGCCUACUUCGACUUCGACAGGGAGUCCAGCGCCGGGCCCGGGCCGCCGUUCCUCGAGCUAGCCCCGUCCGAGUACACGCUGCUGGAGCAAUCCGUCAACGUAGUCUCCCUGACGGUGUGCGAGUCCGAUGUCGGGUACCCUGUCCGAGUGUUCGGCACCGUGCUCGCGAGGGACCAGGUCGACUACAAGUGCGUCUACCUGUUCAGGCGCGGCAGGGAUGAUCCCCAAGAGGACACGCUAGCCCUGGCAGACCCAUCCCGAGGGUUCGCCGUGACGUGCAGCAUGUUCUUCGAGAUCGAUCUGUGGACGAUCGACGCCGGCUCCGGCGAGGCGGCGGUGCUCAGCAGGGGCGUGAUCGAGCACAACGCCUGCGUCAGCGACGGCGAGCUCGUGACCAAGCUCCUGGAGAGCUGGCGCAGCACGGUGCGCCUGGCGUACACGCCCGUGCCGUUCGCCGUCAUAGCCACGCUCACGGCCAGAGUCCUGCACGGGGCGUCCGGUUUCGCCGGCAGGGUGGUUGCCCGGACCAGCGGGAACGGGAACGGGAUCGUCCUCCACGACAGCGGGGUGCUGGGGACAUCGACGGAGCUCGGAGCCGGUGGAUCCGUGGCGCUGUCUCGCCGGCUGGUGGCUGUCCCGGUGAACGAGAGACUGGUGAUCCGUGUUCAUGUCGAGGAUGGUGGUGGGCGUGAAGCUGCGUGCUUCGAGGGAACCCUUGGGCACCUGGAUGAUCGCCGUAUUUUCUGCCAUGGCUCCUACUUGCUGGAGGUGAAGGCCGAAUGGAACGGUAACACUAGGCGCAGGAACGUGUACGGGUACGCUGGGCACACCAGGCUGUUGCUGUGA